CAAAACAUGAAUUGCGCGCACGGGUACUGGGGCGCAGAUUGUAAAAGUAGAUGUUCCGAAGGGUGCACGGACAUUGGAUGUGACAAAGUUACUAGCUCUUGCUUUGAAUGCGACUCAGGAUAUCACGGUAAAUAUUGUGACAUUCCGUGUCCGGUUCAUUGCCGAUAUAAUUGUGACCGUUUAAAUGCGACAUGCACAUCGUGUUACGCUGGCUGGUAUGGUGAUUUGUGCAAUAUACCAUGCCAUAGUAAUUGUAUCUACUGUUCAAAAUCCUCAGGUGAGUGUUCUAGAUGUAAAAACGGUUGGUAUGGAACCUACUGUAGCAAACCGUGCUCCGCAGAGUCAGGAUGCUACAAUGAUUAUUGUACAAAGUCAACCGGAGACUGUUCAAUCUGUAAAAUAGGGUGGUUCGGAUCAAAAUGUGAAAAUCAAUGUCCAAACAGUUGUCAAAAUGGAUGUCAAAAAAGUUCUGGUUAUUGCAUCUCCUGCAGCCCUGGAUAUUGGGGCUCUGAUUGUUCAAAACGUUGUCUCAACUGUCAUGACUGUAAUAAAAAUAAUGGUUAUUGCAGUUUUUGCAGUUCAGGAUUCUGGGGUUCCAACUGUUCUAAUAUUUGCCCGAAUAAUUGUGAAAGUUGUGAUAAAUCUAGUGGCACAUGUUUGUUUUGCCCAAACGGUUUUUGGGGAAGUAACUGUUCGAAGCCAUGUAGUACUAACAAUUGUAAUAUGUGUGAUAUUAAUACAGGAUUCUGUAAAUCAUGUGAAUCAGGCUUUUGGGGACCAAAUUGCAACUACCGAUGCAAUAACUGCUCCAACAUAAAAUGUGAUAUUUCCACCGGUGCAUGUGAGACAUGUCCCGAUGGUUUUGCAGGAGAAAAUUGUAAUAUAAAGUGUGAAAUUUCUACUUGUUUAAUUUGGCAGUGUGACAAAAAGCAAGGAUUUGUUUGUUCAAGCUGCCUUAACGGAUUUUGGGGAACACUUUGUGGGAAACGAUGCAUGCCAAAUGGAAAUUGUAACUACUGCGAUAAGACAACUGGAAUAUGUGAUUCAUGUGUAAGCGGAUAUUGGGGAACAGUAUGUGAGAAGAAAUGCAGUGAAAGCGAUACUUGUGAAUACUGCGACAGAAACACUGGAAUUUGUAAUUCUUGUUUAAGCGGAUAUUGGGGAAAUCAUUGUGAACACGGUUGUCCUGAAAACUGUGAUGGAAAUUGCCAUAAAAGUACAAGUAGGUGUUCUUGCAAACAUGGAUUCUGGGGAGACUUAUGUGAGAGGAAAUGUCUGGCAGGAGACAGAUGUCAGUAUUGUAGCAAAACAUAUGGAACUUGCAGCGCGUGUAAAAACGGUUACUGGGGUAGUUUGUGUGAAAAAGAAUGUCCUAUAGUCUGUACAGGACAAUGCGACAGGUAUACAGGAAAAUGUUCCUAUUGCAGGCCCGGUCUCAGGGAUGUUAACUGUAACAGAACAUGCAUAGAGAAAAAUUGUGAGACAUGCAAAGGUACUGGGGAUAGUUACUCAUGUACCAAAUGCCGAGCGGGUUAUUGGGGCCAAGGCUGUGAAAAUCAGUGCAGUUCCGAGCGAUGCCUGGAAUGUCAUAUGACUGAAGGACGGUGUAUAUUGUGUGAGGACGGCUUUUGGGGAAAUUCGUGCAAUCAAAAAUGUCAAAACAGUUGCCAGUGCUGCAGCCUGACUUACGGUACUUGCAGCGCACCACAUUACUGUUUGAGGAUACAUGAUAGGUACCAUGCAACAGGUAUUUAA